AUGCUUCGACUGCGAAGAGUCGUCAGAGUGAAUGAAUCUACGUCGCAACUCGUGGUGAUUCGCGUUCCUUCUGGGGUGAAAUGGAUUGAGGGUAGUUAUGGGGUUGGACGACGACGGCGGAUGGCGACGAUAGAAUGGUGGAGAGUGAUUGAAGCUUAUGUCUCGUCGCUCACAAUUUCAUCGUCCCGAUUGAAGCUCUGGCCGGCGAUAUGGAUUGACGGUGGUGAUGGGUUGGGUAACGACGGCGGGCAGCAGCAAUGGAAAGAGAAAAUGGCGAGAGCUAAUCAAGGGGAAAUUGAAACUUUCAUGAGCAUAAUCAGCGUUUCUGAGGCCAUUGCUGUUCAGAAACUUGAGUUGAUCUCAGAUUCAUCAACCGACCUGUUUCUUGUUCUUGCCAAAUUUUUAAUCAAAUUCAAAAAGAUCCCCAAAUGGGUUGUACUGUUAGGGAAAAGCACAUCAGGACCAGCAGGAAGACUCGACCGCGGGUGGGGCUACUGCACGGAAGAAGAAUUGGAGGAAAUCUUGCUACAAAAUUUGGAGUGUUUGUAUAAUGAGGCGUUAAAUAAGCUGGUGGUGUUGGGUUAUGAUGAAGAUGUAGCUUUAAAGGCUAUUUUGAGAUAUGGGCAUUGUUAUGGUGGGAAUGAUGUGCUGACUAAUGUAUUACAGAACUCUUUGGCAUAUUUGAGUAGUGGCUGUAGUGGCCCAAACCCAGAGGAGCUCGAGCCUGCAUGCAAAGACUUGAGGCAGCUGGAGGAGUAUUCGCUUGCAGGAAUGGUGUGUUUGUUGCAACAAGUCAAACCCCAUUUGAGUAAGGGUGAUGCUAUGUGGUGUUUGUUGAUGAGCAAUCUUCACGUCGGUCGUGCAAGUGUGAUGGAAAUCCCACUUUUGCCCUCCCCUGGUGGUAGUGGUAAUGGAUGCGAGAGUAGCUCUGCGAGUGGUAGUGGGAGUAUGGAGGAUGGUGUUAGUAACGGGGGAACUGGGGUGGUUGCCCCAGCAUUGUGUCGGUUUCAUGGUGGUUGGGGUUAUGGGAACAAUGGGACGGCUGAGUUCCCGGUGAAUGGAGUGAACGGUUUUUUGUCUUACACAGCAGAUAUGGCUCCACAGAGGGAGAUAGAGUGCCCGAAGAGGUUUAAUCUCAGUCCAUCAAUGAAGAGUUUGUUGAAGAGGAAUGUUGCAAUGUUUGCUGCAGGGUUUAGGGCAAACUCAAAGCAAUUUCAAAGUCAAGUGCAGCCUUGUCCGAGUUCUUUGUCUGUUGAGGAUUCAUCAAGUGGAUGUGGAACAGGAUUCGAGGUUGAGGCUAUGCAAAAUGAGGAGUCUCAAUAUGCAAAGAACCAAGAUGUUGUAAACUCGGUGAUGAGUAAGUUUCGGGACUUGAACCUUAAUGAGAACACAGAAAAUGUCUCAUUGGACCAGAAAGAUGAAAUGAUUUUAAGCUUGAUCAAUCAGAUAAAGGAGUUAGAGAAACAAGUGAAAGAACGGAAAGACUGGGCUCACCAGAAGGCAAUGCAAGCUGCAAGAAAGCUUAGUCAUGAUUUGACUGAACUUAAGAUGCUAAGGAUGGAGAGAGAGGAGAACCAACGGCUGAAAAAGGGGAAACAGACCCUUGAAGACUCUACCAUGAAGAGGCUGUCUGAGAUGGAGAAUGCUUUGAGAAAGGCAAGUGGUCAAGUGGACCGUGCAAAUGCUGCCGUUAGGAAGCUUGAGACUGAGAAUGCUGAAAUUAGAGCAGAGAUGGAGGCCUCUAAACUAAGUGCAUCUGAAUCAGUCAUAACCUGUUUAGAAGUUGCAAAAAGGGAAAAAAAGUGCCUCAAGAGGCUUUUGGCUUGGGAGAAACAGAAGACAAAACUUCAGGAGGACAUUGCUGCAGAGAAAAAGAAGAUCUCAGAGUUGCAGCAGGAGUUGGCUCAGUCCGAUGCGGAUACGAAAGAAGCUGAGGCAAAGUGGAGGCAGGAGCAGAAGAGUAAAGAGCUAGCUUUUGCACAGCUGGAGGAGGAGCGACGCCUCAAAGAAGCAGCUGAGGCUAGCAACAAAAGGAAGCUUGAGGCUCUCCGUCUGAAGAUUGAGAUAGACUUCCAGCGCCACAAGGAUGACCUCCACCGUCUUGAGCAAGAAUUUGCACGCCUUAAAGAGUCGGCACAAUCUACAGAGGUGCAAAAUCCAUCUGUUCGUUUAUUGUCAGCAAACUCUGAUGGCAUGAAGCCCGAAGGAGAAACCAUUGCAAGUCUGCUGCAUGAGUUGGAUAUGGAAGAUUCUCCAGAGGUUAGCUAUGACAGGGAAUGCAUAAUUUGCAUGAAGGACGAAGUUUCUGUCGUUUUUCUUCCCUGUGCUCAUCAAGUCAUAUGCGCAAACUGCAAUGAAAAAUAUGGGAGGAAAGGAAAAGCUACAUGCCCUUGCUGUCGGGCUCCAAUUGAACAGAGAAUCCGAGUUUUUGGUUCAAGCUCUUAG